AUGUCCCUGUGUAUCUUUCUUUGUCAUCUACAGGAACGUCUGCUACUCUCCAUCCUUCCAAAGCACAUAGCAGAUGAGAUGCUUCAGGACAUGAAGAAGGAGCCCAGUCAGAAAGAGAUGCAGCAGUUCAACACCAUGUAUAUGUACAGGCACGAAAACGUCAGUAUUUUGUUUGCAGACAUCGUAGGCUUCACACAGCUAUCAUCGUCCUGCAGCGCUCAGGAGCUGGUCAAACUGCUCAAUGAGCUCUUUGCUCGCUUUGACAAACUGGCUGCAAAAUAUCACCAACUGAGGAUCAAGAUCCUUGGAGACUGCUACUACUGUAUCUGUGGGCUGCCAGACUACAGAGAGGACCACGCUGCAUGCUCUAUCAUGAUGGGUCUGGCCAUGGUGGAGGCCAUCUCGUAUGUCCGGGAGAAAACUCAGACAGAUGUUGACAUGCGGGUUGGAGUGCACAGUGGUACAGUCCUGGGGGGAGUGCUGGGUCAGAAACGCUGGCAGUACGACGUCUGGUCCACAGAUGUCACUGUAGCCAACAAAAUGGAGGCUGGAGGGAUACCAGGUCGCGUCCACAUCUCACACAGCACCAUGGAGUGUCUUCAUGGUGAGUUUGAUGCUGAGCCAGGGAACGGAGGUGACCGCUGUGACUACCUGAGGGAGAGGGGCAUCGAGACUUACCUAGUGGUUGUUCCUAAAGGACCUGUGGGGAAGAAUGGCAUCAAUGGUGUAAAGUUGUCUGUUACCUCUUCCAAUGGAAACUCCCCACUCUUGAUCAACACCACAGAGUGUAAUGGCAGUGUUAACACAGCCUGCACGACACCAGAAGAACCUGAAGAACUGGAUACGAGGGUGGUGAAUCCAUCUUUCCCUAACCCUCGGAGAAGGUUGCGACUGCGGGACCUGGCUGAAAGGGUGAUUGAUGCUCAGGAGAAUGAACAGGAGCUCAACAAACUGCUUAAUGAGGCUCUGCUGGAGAGAGAGACAGUCCAAGCUCUAAAGGGAAAACACACCAACAGGCUCUCCUUGAGGUUUGUGGAUCCGGACCUGGAGACUCGUUACUCUGUGGAGAAGGAGAAACAGAGCGGAGCUGCCUUCUGCUGCUCCUGUGUGGUCCUGCUCUUUACUGCAGCUAUGGAGGCCCUCAUAGACCCCUGGCUGACGGCAAACUACAUAACCUUUGCAGUGGGAGAAGUCCUCCUGCUCAUCCUGACAAUCUGUUCUCUGGCCGCCAUCUUCCCUAGA